UUAGAUACAUUUAAUUGAUAUUUUAUUAAAAUCUCACCUGAACCUAAACCUACAUUUUUUAUUCGAAACAUCACACAGAUAAGAGUACAGUGUGAGCUAAUAUAUAUUCCUCAAAAGAACUCGAGACAUUAGUGUUAUCUAUUUUUGUUAUGUUAUGUAGCUAAGAUAUUGUGAUUCUGAUCCACAGUCCACACUCCAUACCAGCUGGUGGCGGUUAUGCACCAAAUCGUUGUUUGCCAACCGCCAAUACACCUCAUGGAAGAAGAAAAAUGAAGAACUGAAAAUAGACAGCUUGCUGUUUAUGUCAAUGGCUGUUUCUGGUCAACUGUAAAACCAGUUACAGGUUUUUGUCUUUUAGUUGUUUUAUUGAUCGGUUUAAGUAGCUAAUGUGGUGACUUAGCUAGCUAGACGGAGCAUGACCUUAUCUCAGAUAAGGCGUUUGAAGAAAGUAAACUUAGAACGGGUAGCUAACGUUAGCUAACCUUAAACGGCGCUUUUGCUAACGUUAGCAGGUUAACGUUACCAGGACAACAAUGCUGCAGAUGGGAGAUGAAGUCACCCUGUACUCGGUCGUCUUCGUGGUCGUCCUGCUGGGGACCCGGAGCCCGGUUUGGACCACCGUCCUCACCGCCUCCCUCUACCUCUUUCUUGCCAUGUUCCGUUUCCCCCAGGUACCGACCAGCCGAGCCCGGCAGGUGCUGCACCCAGCCAAGGGCGUGUCAGUGGUCGCUCACCGGGGCGGUGGGCACGACGCACCGGAGAACACGAUAGUCUCCAUUCGGGAGGCCAGUAAGAAUGGGGCGACAGGCGUGGAGUUGGACCUGGAGUUCUCAGCAGACGGCGUUCCAAUACUGAUGCACGAUGAGACUGUGGACCGGACCACUAACGGUUCGGGACCACUCAGUCAGAUGACACUGUCCGAUUUGGGGAGACUGGAUGCAGCUGCUAAACAUCGACUCAAGGACAAGUUUGUUGGAGAGAAGAUCCCAACUCUUGACGAGGCGGUGGAGGAAUGUAUCAAGCUGCAGCUCACCAUCUAUUUUGAUGUCAAAGGUCAUCCAGAUGAGGCAGCUGCAGCCCUCAAAGAAUUGUAUAAAAAACACCCAGUCCUCUACAACAGCAGCAUUGUCUGCUCUUUCGAGCCCAGAGUUAUCUACAAGAUGAGACAGAGCGACCCAGAAGUGGUCACAGCAUUGACCCACCGGCCAUGGAGCCUGAGUCGGUUAGGAGAUGGCGUCCCGCGUUUCUCAUCGCUAUGGAAACACAAUUGGAUGACACUAAUGGACAUGGUGUUUGACUGGGCGCACCAUCACGUGCUGUGGAAGCUGUGUGGCAUCUCAGCCUUCCUCAUUCAGAAGAACUUUGUCUCCGUGGACUAUGUGCAGUACUGGGCCCAGAGGGGAGUGGAAGUGGUAGCCUGGACAGUCAACACAAAAGUGGAGAAAGAGUACUACCAGGAGCUGCUGCAAGUCAACUACAUCACAGACAGCCUUGUGGAAGACUGUGAACCCCAUUACUGAGACACACAUGAACCCAGCACAGGAUGUGUUCCCACAUAUAGUCAUUAAAAACAUCAAAUCCAUAUGAAAGGCCUUUUCACUGUCUACUUGUCACCCAUAAUGUGGCCUCAGGUAAGAGAACACAUGCCACUCCUAUUCCCAUGCACUAUGUAUUAUUGCGAAUGUGUGUAGGAUUAUUUGAGGCAAUCAAAGUGACCAGACUGGUUGCUAUACCUAAUAACAAGAGGCAUGACACGCCGUCUAUAGACAUUUUGGCAAUAAGUGUCUAUAAUAGACCUUAAUCAAAUGUACUGUAUUCACCAACUCAGGACUGUAGUUAUAUUUGUUUUCUUUUUAAUUCUGUCUGUCUUACUGUCUUACGAGACCUACAAUAUAUGUAUAUUGUAUCAUACUGUCUGCUUUUUACUCUGUAAAGGCGAUUAGGUCUGGCAUAAACCACCUAGAAAUGACUUUGGUCACUCAAAAAAAAAAAGAAUAUUACAUAUUUAGAACUAAUAUGAUUAAAAAUGUUAUAUAUUUGACAUAGGUGCAUAUGGAACUGAAAUGUAGAAUAGAUGGAUACAGAUAGUGCAUCAGGUGCUAAUUUAUUGUUCUUUUGGUUCUGAAAAGGAGCUAUGGCUGCUCGAAGUACCGUCCACCAAAUAAACUAAUAACACUAACAAUGUCUCAUU